UUUACGGAGUGUGAAAUUUUUGCAGUAAGUGUGAAGUUUGGAGGAGUCAAGUGAGACAAAGCAUGGCUGAGUGCUGAACCCGUCUGUCCUGGGAGGCAGUCCAGAUAUGACUACAGUGUCCAUGGAGCCUGUGGGGGUCCUUGUGGAAAGGGGCGCCAAUGCCACCGACCCCCCUCUGAGCGCACAUGAGGACACAGCCGCCACCUUUACGAUUGGCACCAUCCUGUCCAUCAUGUGCCUUGUUGGAGUCUCAGGCAACAUCUACACCCUGGUGGUCAUGUUUCACUCCAUGAGGACUGCAGCAUCUAUGUACAUCUACAUUAUAAAUUUAGCAUUGGCAGAUCUGCUGUAUCUUCUCACCAUACCGUUUGUAGUGUGCACACACUUUCUAAAGGGGUGGUACUUUGGGGAUGCAGGGUGUCGGAUUCUUAUCAGCAUGGACUUCCUGACCAUGCAUGCUAGUAUCUUCACGCUGACAAUCAUGAGCACGGAGCGCUACUUUGCCGUGCUCAAGCCACUCGACACGGUCAAGCGGUCUAAAAGUUACCGGAAGGCCAUAGCUCUGCUGGUCUGGGCUGCAUCUCUCGUCCUCACCCUACCAAUGAUCGUGAGCAUUCAGCUUAUGACAGUGGGCAACAAGGCAAUGUGUCAGCCCACACUGUCGCCACUCUCCUACAAGAUUUACAUCUCCUUCCUGUUUUGCACUAGCAUCGUUGCUCCUGGACUGAUCAUUGGCUAUCUCUACAUCCAGCUUGCGCGCACUUACUGGGUUUCGCAGACGGAGACCUUCAAACAGACCAAGAAACUUCCCAAUCAAAAGGUGCUGUACCUGAUCUUCACCAUCGUGCUGCUCUUCUGGGCUUGCUUUUUGCCCUUCUGGAUCUGGCAGCUGUUGGGUCAGUUCCACCCCUCACUGCCCCUGUCCACCAAAGCCAAACGCAACAUCAACUACCUGACCACGUGUCUGACGUAUUCCAACAGCUGCAUCAACCCUUUUCUGUACACACUGCUCACCAAGAACUACAAGGAGUACCUGAGGAAGCACAAGCGGUCCUGGUCUGCAGGCAGCUACUUCAACAGGAGGAGUCGCUUUCAGCGUUCGCCGCGCAGGUCGCCAUCUUCCAGCAGUCAGCAGUGUACCGAGAGCUUCAUGCUCACACACACAGCCUCCCUGCGAGCACAUAACAGCAGUUUGUAAGAUAGAUAUGACUGAGCUGUGCUGGGAGAGGAAGAAAGGACAGGAAGAACCUGUUGGAGAUGACACAAACACCAGCAGACCCCUGUACUCCUCGCCACGACUACUGUGAGAGAGGAAGAAGAAGAUCGAGGAUACUUUUGCAGUUGCAGUUCAACGUGCAUGGACCAGCAGGAACUCAAUGAGCGUCUGCUGCUGUUUGAGAUUGUGUACAAAGUAGACACCUUCACGUCCAUAUUUAUUUGUCAUUCCCAGAAUUUCCUGUGGCAUGACAACAAAGACCAGCGUCUUACGUGACAAAACAGACAGUUUAGCUUUUAUGCUUUCUCGUAUGUUUACCCUCUGUCCUUCUCACGGUGCUUUGUGCUGAACUACAUGUGAAAGUGUCUUUUAUCCUUGGUGCUUGAGGGGAGUGACAACAGGGGAGUAAUGCCGACGCACAAGUGAGGGAAAGGCAACAUUAUGGAGGCAUCUGUGGUUUGAUUUACAAAAAGAGAAAAUACGAAGUCGAGCUGAAGUGAAAAAAAAGUGUCUGGCAUGAGAUAUUUGAAAUCCAUGACAGAUAAAAAUGCAUGAUGGAGCUUCAGCUGUGGUGAAAGAAGUAGGUUUUAAGGGACAUCUGGAUUGUUUUUAACGGUAAUGGCGGUGUUAAGAAGAAAAACAGCACUGCGUGGAAAAAGUACAGCCCCAUCAUUUAUUUGAAUUGGGCCACCACGUUGAUCUGGAAAAAAUGCAAGGUUGAAAAACAUCGAACCUGGCUCACAUAAUGUGACAU